CAAACUUUGUCAGGAGUUUCAUCCAAAUGAAGGUGCAUUUAGUGAGAGGAUUUGUUCUGAAUUUCGCCAGUUCUUGCAGCUAAUUGGCUGUUAUUUUAUUCCGCGGUGUUUUAGGAAAGAUCAAACACACCAAACACACUCUUGCAAACCUGCAAGGACGUACGUGCCAUAAUGUUAAAGUGUGGGCCCUAUGUGUGUCAAUAUGAUCUAUAGAUAGGCUAUAGGUUCAGAGUUUCCCCCUGCCCUUUUAGUCAACCACAAGGUUACAUGCAGUCUCUCAGCAAGUGACACCCUGGGGUGCGCCUCCGCUUAUCCUCUCCCCCUGUCAGAUUGAGUAAGGCGCUGAUAAGGCCUGUAUCGCUUCUCCUGAUUGCCACGCGCUCCUCUGGAGACACGAGCCGCAGUCUGAUCCGAGAGGGACCGGUAGCUCCCGACGGUGGGCUCCACACUGGGAAAAAAAAAAAGUCCGGAUUCAAGAGUCAUUCAGAAUCUGACGUGGUGUCUGGUUUUUAUUUUUAAAUACAGGCUAAGGCAUGAGCAGCAACUGCUGAUAAUUCCACGGGUGUUUCUUGAAACAAAUGUCGGGCAAAGGCAAAACACGUCAUAUGUUAUCAAGUCCUGAAAUUAGUGAAUUUGCAUGAAGAGAGGUGACAAGAAGUCGCCCCCGCGGCAGACUAUUUUCCUAUCACCUGUAACCACGCUGCAUGCUGACUAAAACACUGCAUGCGUGCAUUAUUUGAGGCGCUGUGAGCAGAGGAGCCUCUGCAGGGGCACCUGUCCGUGCAACACCUGGCAGACGGGACGGGCGGUGUGCGCAUGCUCCCUACUCAGGUCGAAAUCUCUUAAAGCACUUGGAGCCGCAUCUCCCCACCAUCAAAUCUUUGCAGGGUUCAGAGCGAGUAGCAGCGUCUACCCGAGGAGUCCUCUGGAUUAUUACCACUGAUUUGCCUGCUCCCAGGUCAGAGAUGCCUCGCUCCUUCAUGGUGAAGAGUAAAAAGGCGCACAGUUACCACCAGCCCCGGAGUUUAGAGGAUGACUACAGCAGGCUGGACACUAUACUGGCGCACAUAUGCUCAGAUGCAGACUGUCCUCCGUGUGUCCUGUCAGAGGCAGAUAAGCUCCCAGAUGACACUGACAUGUCGGUGGACAGGUAUGGCCUGUCUCCUGACUCCAACCUUGCUGACGCUGCUGAGUUUUCCCCGAAGUCCCCGCUGAGCUGCGCCGACAGCCUGUGCGGUCGCUCCACAGACUAUGAGGACUUCUGGAGGCCUCCGUCCCCCUCUGCAUCACCGGUUGAUUCAGAGAAAUCCCUGUCUCCUCUGGUGGACGAGACCCAGCCCUUCAGUGUCCCCUUCCGGCCGUAUGCCUGGAGCAGUUACCCGGGGCCCGGGCUGAGGCCCCUGGUGCGGCAGAGCCUCCAUCCCGGCAUGGAGAUGGACAGGGGCCCGGCAGCUAUGGCCUUCUACGGGAGCAGGAGCACCCAUUCAGCUCUGUACCCAGAACGGACUCUGGGCGAGGAGACGUACAGCGACUACAGGAGGCAUGCCGCAGCUCUGCUGUUUCCUGAGGAAGGCCGGAAUGGAAAAGCCCAUAAUGUGAAGGCCCAGUCGGAGCUGCUCUGCUCCAGUCUGAUCCUCAACGGUGCUUACAAAUGUGUCAAGUGCAGUAAGGUGUUUUCUACUCCGCACGGUUUGGAAGUCCACGUCCGCAGAUCGCACAGCGGCACCAGGCCAUUUGCGUGCGAAAUCUGCGGCAAAACCUUCGGACACGCAGUCAGCCUGGAACAGCAUAAAGCGGUGCACUCUCAGGAAAGAAGUUUCGACUGCAAAAUAUGCGGUAAAAGUUUCAAGAGGUCGUCCACUCUGUCGACGCACCUGCUCAUCCACUCCGACACUCGGCCAUACCCCUGCCAGUACUGCGGGAAGAGGUUCCACCAGAAGUCCGACAUGAAGAAGCACACAUUCAUCCACACAGGGGAGAAGCCGCACAAAUGCCAGGUGUGUGGGAAAGCGUUCAGCCAGAGCUCCAACCUCAUCACGCACAGUAGGAAGCACACCGGAUACAAACCUUUCGGCUGCGACCUCUGCGGCAAAGGUUUCCAGAGGAAAGUGGACCUGAGGAGACACAAAGAGACGCAGCACGGACUGAAAUGAUUAAACGGCGAUCACUGCACAAAUCACGUCAUAUAAUCUGGCCGCUGAGUCUUUAAAUUAUUGUCCUUGAAAUGAGUGAGGACAUCUGACAAAAGACAUUUUAGACCGAGGACAUUUUUCGCCUUUCCACCCCCCCAAUCACUCAGCUUCAGGACAUUUCAUGGAUCAAGGCUGAAUUUGAUCCACCUCUAGCUUUGUAAAAACCUAUUGUGAAAGUGCAUUGGAAAUAUUGUAUAUAAUGAUCUCAGCCGACAGGCAGAUAUUUUUUAAUUUAUUUUAAUAAGGAAAACGUAAAAGUCUCAUGAAUAAGACUUGAGGUUUAAACACACGAUGAUUUGCAGUGUGAAGACAUCGGCAACACUAAUUAUUCCCCCUGCUAUAGACUGCAGAUUAUUGUAAAGGUCCAGAAAACCAGAGAUAAGCUGUGAACUGUGAGAAAAGCAGAUGAUGAAAUAAAUAAAUGCAUUGUGUUUGUAUGUCGACUGAUAUGAAUCAGCUAUAGUGGGCACUCAACCCAAAAUAUUUGCACUCGCACCUAAAUAACCGGAUCGACAAUAAGAGAUGAAAAUCCGCGCCUUUCCAAAGAGCAGCGGCAUUUUGUUUUCUGUUCAGAGACAUGCUGGCAAAACAGCCUCCUCAGACUGUGUGAUUUAAUAAACAGGAGGGUCACUGCCUCACUCACGAA